AACCGAGUUAAAGGGUCAAAAACGGUGUGACAGCGAUGAAAGAGUUAUUUCCCAAAAAAAAAAAAAAAAAAAAAAAGUAAGAGAAAAUGGAUUAAACAAAACAAAUUGGGGAUUUUUGAGAGACAAUUGAGCGCUUCCAUUACCGGACUGAACUCCAAUCAGAGUCAAAUCGCCGACACAGAGGGAGGCCUAGCCUUUUAUUAUUUUUAAUUUUAUUUUUCAAAAAUCAAGUUUCUAGCUUUUGUCAAAAGAAAUGGACGUGGACAAGGCACUUCUCGUUGAAGUGUUCGGCGAAUCAUCGGACGGCGAAGACUUGGAAGAGGAACAAUCAGGAUUUGAUAAUGGAUCUCAGCCAAAUUAUUCCUGGGAAAGGAUCGAAGAAGUUAAAGGGUUGUGGCUCUGCACUGACUUUCUUUCUCCUCAACGACAAGCUUCCCUGCUCUCUGCAAUCCAAGAUGAAGGAUGGUUCACUGAAGCCUCUUACAAUCAGGCUAUGAGGUUUGGUGAUCUUCCAGCAUGGGCAACUGAACUCUCAGCUUCCAUUCGUGAUGUGGUGCUUUCAAGCAACAAUCUUGAUCAUGGGGAGGAUGAAUUGUGUCCAUUUCCACUGGAUUUGUUGUGGAGGGAGCCAUUGUUCGAUCAGCUUAUUGUAAAUGUAUACCAUCCAGAUGAGGGAAUCUGUGGACAUGUUGACCUUAUGCGCUUUGAAGAUGGAAUUGCCAUUGUCUCACUGGAGUCAUCAUGUGUGAUGCAUUUCAGUAGCAUUGAAGGAACAGAUAGUGACAUUGCAAGGACCAAAGUUCCUGUUUAUCUAACCCCAGGAUCCCUAGUUUUAAUGUCUGGAGAAGCACGCUAUCAAUGGAAGCAUGAGAUUAAUCGCAAGCCAGGAUUUCAGAAAUGGGAAGGGGAGGAUAUAGAUCAGAAAAGGAGAACCUCUGUUACCCUGAGGAAGCUCCGCCAGAUUGAGUAGCUUGUUUAACCGACACAUUUGAGCUGCAAAAGUGAUGUUCUUUUGAAGUAUAGUUGUUGCUUCAUGCUAGCAAAAGGUUGUUGGAAGAAAUCUGUAGUUUCAUACUCGGGGUUAUACUUAAUACUGGAGCUUGCAAGUUUUGUUUCCAAAAUUAUCAUGCAAAUUUUGUUGACCACUAAAGGUCAUCAAUUGUAUAGGCCUAUAGAAAAAGGGAAAAGAGUUAAGGAUGGCUUGCAGAUUAGGAAAACAGAAGCGGCAUACUGAAAAGUUUUUGAAGCUGGAAGUCAAGCCAUGAGUAUGGCCUUCUAGCGUUUCACUUAAAGAUAGCAGAAGCGGAUAUAAGAAUUUGGAUACAAUUGUUUUCUUUUGUUCAGCAUACCUAUGUGAUCUUUUUAUUGUCCAUUUCUUGA